GGUUUCAUUAGUGGAUGUGACCCAGUUUAAUGCAUGUUAGAUGCACUGAAGAAGGAAGUGAUGCAAGACAUUAACCUCAUAAUACGUGCAAUUCUGCAUUGUCUGUCUCUGUGUUCUUGGGGUGCAUUUGUGUAGCAUCACACACAGGCUGGAUCACUGCAGUCUGUUGUCAUUGGGAGGAAAUACUCUGAGCCAAUUUGACAUCCACCACUAGCAUGAGAAUGAACUCGUCAGGUGGUCAAGAAGUUGAACAGAAUGCAACAGGAAGUGAGAAGGUGGAACUUCCUGUGUUGACUCAACCUGGCCUCGGGAUGACCACGACAACAGUGACCACAAUCAGUCAGACUGGUGGAGACUGGAGCACAGGGCUGUUUGACGUGUGUGGUGACACCAGCACAUUUCUGAUGGGUGCGUUUGUGCCGUGCUGUUUGGACCUGAGUGUGGCUCAUCAGUAUGGAGAAUGCAUGUGUCUGCCGCUGCUGCCCGGAUCUACAUUUGCCAUGAGAGUGGGCAUCCGAGAGCGCUUUAAGAUCAGGGGCAGUGUGUGUGAGGACUGGACUACGGUAUAUUGCUGCUACCCUCUGGCCCUCUGUCAGAUGAUCAGAGAGAUGAAGAAGAGGCUGAAGACGCAGAUCUACACUGUUUCCACAGUGCUGGAGAGCUCAUGAGAUACUCUGUGUGUGGGGUCAGGACAUUUGGUCACCCACAAUGAAGGCAAAACCUAAAUCACCUACAAAGUGGGGAUCAGCCAACAGUUCAAAUGAGGAAAAUGGUUUGAUAAAUAAGAUUUCAAUUACAGUUUAAAAUGGGAAGUUUCAGGGGUAGUGCAUAGAAAAUGUCUUUAGUUCAAUAUAAAAACAAUUGAAGUCAUUGGAAAGUCCCCACUAUGAGAGAAAAACAAAUAUGUGCGUGUGUGUGUGCAGUCAGCUCAGAUUGUCUUCUCGUCAGUGUUUUUGACGAUGCUAAGGACUGAGGGGCCGUCUCAGUUGUCAGCAUGUUUAUUACCAAGGGUCCAGAAGUUCAUGCAGGGUUAGACAUAUCAGUAUUCUUUGCUCUGAGAUUGAUGUGUCUGACAUUUCAAAUUGACAGCGAGAUGGAGAGACAGAUGGGUAAAGAGAUGCAUGAAUGGAGAGUGGAGGUGUACACUUUGAUUUCAUACUGCUGUCACACAGUUCAUGUACACAUGCAGUUUUAUUAUGUAUUAAAGCUGAAGUGUAAUUUCUGCGCCACUACUGUCACCAAACAGAACUGCAAAAAUAAUGACCCUUGAUAAUAAAUGUAGUAAAUGUCAAACAGGUUUUCUACCUGUCUACCUGUCAUUGGUUGGCCAUUUAAAAAAUAAUAAUAAUAAUAAUAAUUAUUUAAAAAUUUGAGAUUGGUCAAAACUGAUUUGAGAUCUCUCUUAUGGGGUGACGAAUUUAAAAGAAAGUGUUAGAAAACCUUAAAAUAUAGGGCUAUUUAAAUUAAAAUUUAGUUUAAGCAUUAACCUUUAGCUCCCCAACACAGUCUCAUCAUGACAACUCAUAAUAAUUCGUACAAGAUGCCGAAAACAAGAGAUCGUACAACUUGGCUUGUACGAAAAGGUACGACUUUUAUGUCCAUAGAGACAACAGAAGAACAAACGGAAUUCCAAAUAGGUACAACACAAGCAUAACAUUUUAGCUAGCAUCCUAUCAAAUGCAGAAUUUUAAGAAAGGAAAUGUUAUGUGAAGGUCUAAUUUAAACUGAAUUGGAAACUUUUUACCAGGUCUUCAUAAUUUGUUAUUGGUACUUUCCAAAUGUCUUAUAUGUACAUAUUAUAUUGAAAAACCACCCAUCACUUUAUUAAGAUAUGUAUUACAAUAUUGCAUUAUAUUUCCUGUUACAAGAAAGCAUAGAGUCUGUCUAUAUAUCUGUAGAGGGCACUGUUGUUACACACACUUUCCCUAGUCCAUGAAGUACAGAGAGUGUGUAUUUGUGUGUGAGAUGGCAUGGAUAUGUCUGCUGUCAAGGGUUUUCUGUGGGGUCCCUGAGGGACAUGAGACCGCUGGAGCCCUAAACACUGCAGAUACAAAUUCAGAGAGGUGAAAAAUGAGGACAGGGAAGACUGUGACACAAGAUCAAGGAAAGUUUCAAGCAGCCCUGUUUUCUCUCUCUUAUACACACUUUCCUGGCUCAAAUAUAUCUGAGCACCAAUAUACCCAUCUUUUUACUUUAUAUGUAUUUUUCUUUUAAAAGCAAGACUUUCUGAGUUCUAGUGUAUUAUAUAAUGGUGAAAGUAAAUUGGUAUUAAUCAAUAAAGCAAUACGCCAUGAGAGGCCAUGCAUUACUGAUUUUUUUCAUGGGUAAGAAAAGGGGUUCUUACCACCUUAAAGGG